AAUAAAUUUCAAUUCACAAUUGGAAUUAUUCCAAAGAAACAGCAACAUCCGUCGACUGCUAUCGCCAAUGGAGGGAGAAGGAGGAGGAAGAGGGUUAAGAAUGAGCAAGAGAUUCAACAAUGGAGAAGUUGAUUACAAAACUAAAUCAGGAACUGCUUGGAGCCAUUCUUACUUAAACCAAAAGCCAUGGCAUCCUCUUUCUUAUCCUAAUCAACGCCGCAAAUGGAUCGCUGAACAGUCCGAUGCCCACAAGCAAAAACGCGCUGAAGAAGUCUCUCGCGAAUAUGCUCAAGAACAGGAAUUCUUUCGUCAGACUGCUCUUAUCUCCAAGAAAGAGAAAGAAAAGAUAGAGAUGAUGAAGGCUGUAAGCUUUAUGUAUGUUCGUCCACCUGGUUAUAACCCUGAAAGUGCCAAGGCAGCAGAGAUUGCCGAUGAGACGAAACAACAGGAUCAUCCCGAGCCUUCUUCUUCUCAGCCUGCAAUGUUGCCUGAGUCAAUUUCUGGGAGGGAUACUUUAGGGGAAGAAAAGAAGAAACCAAGGCCUAAAGAUGUAUUUGGUCGUUCCAUACCUACUGCAGAAGAAUUUGAAGUCCUUAAAAAUGCCCCACGCCUGGAGACAGGUGUUGCUGCUAGGGCGAAGCCAUUUGGUAUAGAAAUACGCAAUGUGAAGUGCAUAAGAUGUAGCAAUUAUGGUCAUCAAAGUGGUGAUCGUGAAUGUCCGCUGAAAGAUGCUAUAAUGCCUAAUGAAGAGAGUCGAUUAAAAAGAGAUGAUCCCUUGACUGCCAUUGUCGCUCAAAUGGAUCCUAGCGAGCCACUCAAGUGGGAGUUGAAGCAAAAACCAGGAAUGAGUCCUCCCCGUGGGGGUUUUGAUCCAGAUAACCCCAAUCAGCAAAUUGUUGCUGAGGACAUAUUUGACGAAUAUGGAGGAUUUCUCAGCGGUAAUAUCCCCGAGUUGCUGACCACCUUUCCCCUCAUGGAAUCCACAAAGAAAUCAAAGAAGCAGAAGCAGAAGCACAAGAGACAUCCAUCACCUAGUAGAGAAGUUAGAGCUCCUGAAGAAGAUGGGUUAUCUUCUUCCUCAGAUUACGAGGAAAGGAGAUUAAAGAAAGCAAAUACAAAGAAGAAGCCUAAACAUUCCGAAUCAAGUUCAUCUGAUGAUUUGAAGUUUGAUAGGCAUUCCAAGAAGAGCAGGCACAAGGAUUCAUAUUCAUCUGAUGAUAUAGGCUGCAGCAGUCAUAACAAUAGGAGUAAAAGGAGAAAGCGAAAGUAUCCACAUUCAUCGGGAGAUUCUGGAUAUGACAAGCGGAGUAAGAUCAACAAUAGCAGACAAAAGCAUUUUCAUUCUUUCGAAGACUCUGAUUCUGAUGAGCGUCGUAGAAGCAAAAACCAGAGAAAGAAACGUGUAUGUUCAUAUGAACAAUCAUCCCCUGAUAAGCAUCACAAAUAUGAAAAGAAACAGAAAAAAUCUUACCAUCAUUCCUCUGAUGAUUCCGAGUAUGAUAGAUGUCGUGCGAAUAAAUAUCGUUCUCACCAUCAUCAUUAGUCUUUUCUUUUUGGCUGCUAGUUUGGAGAUAGCUUGUGUUAGUAGCCUAUGUCAGCUCUUAUAUCAGAAAUGUACUUCAUGUUCUGUAAAAUAUUUGAAGUUACAAGUAAAAUUGGGUUCUGUACAUUUGAACUUAACUAUAAUUUCUUUUCAGAUCA